AUGCAGACAUACUCAGCUGCUGAUCUCUCCGACGCAGCCCUAGGUGGGCCACUCCGGAUCGACGAUGGCUAUUUCGUCGAUGGCUUCGGUCGCACCGUCAUGUUGCGGGGUUGGAACGUGUCCGGGGCCUCCAAGCUGCCUACCAAACCGAACGGCUUGUCUCACCUCACGGAGGGAUUCUAUGAGCACCGCACCGUGACUUUUAUCGGCCGGCCAUUUCCUCUUGAGGAGGCUCCUCUUCACUUUCGCCGCCUCCAGGCGUGGGGCAUGCCGUUUGUCCGGCUCCUUGUCACAUGGGAGUCCAUUGGACAUGCGGGUCCAAACCCAAGCAAGGAUCUGGAUCUGGAGUACAUUGCCUAUCUCCGCAAACUUAUCGAGAUUAUGCCGCGGUAUGGAAUCAAAUGCUUCGUCUGUGCUCAUCAGGAUGUCUGGAGUCGCUUCAGUGGUGGCAGCGGGGCUCCUGGAUGGACAUUCGAGGCUGUCGGCCUGGAUAUCGAGGCUUUUACCGCGACAGGCGCUGCAUAUGUGCAUGGUCAGGACGAGUUGAGACGGGCGCAGGCGCCUAGCAAUGAGAAGGAGCCCAGUGGUCCUUUUGUGUGGCCUUCGGGGUACCAAAAGUUGGCGGCUUCCACAAUGGCCACAAUCUUCUGGGCUGGUGAUGCUUUGGCUCCGAAACUACGAUGUCGUCGAUCAGCUCUCGACAAGAAGGAUGGAGUGGAAGAGGUCUCCAUUCAAUCAUUCCUUCAGGAUGCAUUCAUUGAAGCCUUUGGCCGGCUAGCAGAUGAGAUCGUAGACUUGGAGGCUGUUAUCGGAUUCGAGCCCAUAAAUGAACCACAUCGGGGUCUGGUCAACUUGCAUGGUUUCCACGGUUGGAACUAUGAUACAGAUCUUCAUAUUGGAUAUUAUCCCACGCUUACUCAGGCUCUUGCACUCGGCAGUGGCUACAAGCAGACUGUGCCUUACUACGUCAAGUCUUGGCCGUGGCCAACUCGAGUAUCGCAUCACGCGGCAAUGGAUCCUCAAGGACGAUCCGCUUGGCUGACCAGUGGCUCAUCAGAUGAGGUGGAUAGGCCACAAGGACUCGGUCAAUGUGUAUGGCGCGCACAUGGAGUCUGGGACUGGGACGGCGAGCAGAGCAAGCCCGUGAUCACCGAUGAAAACUAUUUCGAGGUCGACCACCGACCGGGUCGACAAGGCAAAGAGAUCGAAUGGUACCGUGAUUGCUAUGCCCCUUUUCUGUGUCGCUUCUCGCAGCGAGUUUCCCGCAACAAGAAUACACGAUUCUCAUUUGUCGAGCCGAUCCCAAAUGAGUUCAUACCUCCUUGGCCCCCAAGGCACGAUAACAAAGGAGUCGUGAUUCGCAAAAAGCAAACCUACGCCGUUCCAACUGUGCUCUCGUCCGACCAUCGUCCCCAGAAUCUUGUGUAUGCACCACACUUUUACGACCUCAACGUCUUGUUCAGUAAACUGCAUUCUUGGAUGAGUGUAAACGUGCAAGGUCUUGCGCGGGGCAUGUUUGUGGGCAAUGCAGUCUACUUUGGUGUUGGAGGGUUGCGAAGAAAUUAUCGCAAGCAGAUUGAAAACAUUGUCAAACACGGUCGCCUUUCUCUUGGUCGCCUGCCAACUGUGAUUGGAGAAAUUGGUAUACCCUUUGACAUCAAUGGCGGCUACGCUUUUCUUACUGGCGACUAUGAUAAGCAACGCGACCUCAUCGGUGCACUCGUUAGUGCCAUGGAAGACAACCUCGUGAAUGGCUUUACACUGUGGAAUUACAAUCCAGACAACCGCGUCGAGUAUGGCGACGGGUGGAAUAAAGAGGACUUUUCUAUUGUGAAUGGGAAUGAGGAAACAUGGGACGAUGGCCAUGGACGUACAAUGCAGGUUCGACCGGACUAUCGAAAUGGCGACCAUGAGAAGCAGGAGCUCUAUCGAGGAGGUAGAGCACUCGACGCAGUGAUCAGGCCCUACGCAGUGAAAGUUGCCGGGCUGCCCGUGUCUUCAGACUGGAAUCUGGAAAAUUUGCGCUUCGAGUUUCAAUGGCGAAAUCGACCGCUGAAAAAACUCAAGGCAGGUGACGACAGAUACUCAACAACAGAGAUCUUCAUACCGAGAUAUCACUACCACGGCCAUCAAAUCCAUGUAACUGCCACUUAUGGGCUUGACUGGUCAUAUACCGCCGAUAAUCAGACAUUGUACGUCGUUCAACGUGGUGGCGGCAUGCUUCACAAACUUGUGGUGGAAAUCCGCGACAAGAAGACACACAUUUCACGGCGUGUUCAUCGGCACCGGAAAGAUGUGCCGCAACAAACACUACAAGCCCUGAUCCCAACCGCAUUUGAGAUAUGGUGGAGAUCCACUGAUUCCGUGCCCGAGCUAUUGGCAGCCAUCUCCGUGACUGUAGCCGUAUUGGCAUGCCUUCUUCUCAUCUACGCAACUUCGUAA